UUCGUCUUUCUCUUUGUCUCCGCCAUGACAAGCUCUUCAUCUCCUUCACGCAAGGCGUUAAGCAAGAUCGCGUGUAAUAGGUUACAAAAGGAGUUAUCAGAGUGGCAAGUAAAUCCACCGACUGGGUUUAAGCACAGAGUUACUGAUAAUCUUCAAAAAUGGGUAAUUGAGGUAACGGGAGCACCUGGUACGCUUUACGCUAAUGAAACUUAUAAUCUUCAGGUUGAGUUUCCUCAACAUUACCCUAUGGAAGCUCCUCAGGUGAUUUUUGUUCCACCAGCACCACUACAUCCUCAUAUUUACAGCAAUGGACAUAUUUGUUUAGAUAUUCUGUAUGACUCAUGGUCUCCAGCAAUGACAGUGAGUUCAGUGUGCAUCAGCAUUCUCUCGAUGCUGUCGAGUUCACCCGAAAAGCAACGCCCGACUGAUAAUGAUCGAUAUGUGAAGAACUGCAAGAACGGGAGGUCUCCUAAAGAGACAAGGUGGUGGUUCCACGACGACAAGGUAUAAAAGGGUGACCUAAAGAUGUCUCCUUUCAAUUAUAAAACACAGACUAAGAGGUUUAUAUAAUUUCCCCAGACUGAUAAUACUAAUUGAAAUUCCUCAUGGCCUCCACUUUUAUUUCCCUUUUUUCCUUUUGUAUGGAUCAUUUAUGUAUAAAAGACAUCUGAAAUG